AGAUCCAACCGUCAACGCGCCUUGCUCGAGGCUCGACAACUUGCUUCCUACCACCGCGUUCCUCUGAUCAAUCCGCGCGCAUAGAGACAUCGUAACCUGUACUGGGAUAUACAGUACACUGGCGCAGAAGCAACCUUCCUAAGCAAGCACCAUGUCCGAAUCCUACUUUCAGCAAAAUGCAGCGCCCACUACUCCCAAUCACCCAGUUCCGCCUAAUCCGCGAGGGCGGCCGAGGGGAUCGCGAGCGAGGAAGCCGAGGGGGGCAACUCUGGGGACGCCUGGAAGAGGCACUCCCAGGACCAGCCCCUCCUUCUCCAGCUCUACCUUUCAAGUUCACUGGGCCAACGACGACCCCCCGCGCGCAGGCACGCCCAGCGCCCUUCAAGGCUCCCUCUCCCGCAACGACCUUGCCUCUUCGUCCACACAGCCAUCCUACUUUGGCGCCCAGCCCUCCUCCUCCUUUGCGUCCUCGUCCUCGCAGCCGACGUACCUUGGUGCACAGGGCACAUCGGGCUCCUCGUCGAACUUGAACGCCGGGGCGUCUUCAAUACCGGGCUUGGACACGACGGGCCUGAUCAGCAUGGACAACGACGAUGACGAGGACGAGGAGAUGCCGGCGGCGGCGUCUGCGCCGAAUCUGAAUGUGCUGCCGAGCGGGAGUAUGGCGGGGGCGGGGAUGGCGGCGAGUGCGAGUAUGCCGACGAUGUCUUCUGGCGGUAUAACCGCUGGUGCUGGCGGGAGCAUGACGGGGAUCAUCCCUGGCGUGAAUGGAAUGCCGCCACCGCCCGUACCUGGUGGUGAAGAUGGGGAUGUGGACGAUGAGCUGCUGCCUGCGAUGACGGAUGCGGAUUUCACGGCGCAGCAGACGUUCAUGAGCCAGAGCAAGGAUAACCUGAAAGUACUCAUGGACGAGUUUUCGCCUGAGCAGUACGACCGUUUCGAGGCCUACCGCCGGCACGCGCUCCCGAAGCAAGCCGUGCGGAAGGUCAUCCAGCAGACUGUCGGUCAGCAGGUCUCGCAGCCGGUCGCGCAGAUUGUGGCGGGUUUCGCGAAGGUGUUCGUGGGGGAGAUUGUGGAGAAGGCUCGAGCUGUGCAACGUCGCCGCGGCGAUACGGGGCCUUUGACGCCCGACCAUAUGCGUGAAGCAUAUCGGAUGUACCAGCAGGAGACGGGGCGGGUGGGCGCAGCGAGGCCAUUGAAGGGGAAGAAGGUGUUCGUGAGAUGAGGAUACUAGGGAACGAGGGCAACAUGGAAUCAGACGUUGGCGACACGUCCAGUCACUCCAGUGUAUGCAUGCUCCGCGCUACUAGUUCUCCUGCUUCAACUAGUACGCACAAUCGCGCCUAGACUUGGUGUACCCAGGGAGCGCAAGAUAGACUGCCAAGACUGAUUUUAACGCUGGACCAUAGUAGUGGGCGCUUGUGGGCACUUCGGUGAUGGCUUCCGAAUGUAGUAGCCUUUGUACUUUCCCAGCUUGUCUUCUACUUUCAUCAUGACAACGACGUGUAUUGUUCUC